AAACUUUCUUUAUAUAUGGACUUGAUAUUUUAAAACAAAAUGUCUUUCAUUAAAAUCCUAAAAAAAAUUGAUAAUUAAACUUAUGGUGUACUGAAGUCUCAGGAACAAAAAAAAAAACAAACAAAACAUAAGAGUGAAGUCCACCAUUUCAAAAACUGAAUCGAACAGCUAGGAAAGGUCUGGUUUAAUACUCUCGCGAUACACCAAGUCUCUUCCUCUCGCGAGCUGUUAGAAUUGAUCGACUAAGAUAUACAGAGAGACCUCUGUACUCACACGCAGUGUCUCACACACAGUCACACAGUCUCUCACACGCAGUCGCACAAUAUCCAGACUCCAGACUCCAGAGACACUGGAAAAGCUCCAUCCAUCAAUGGCGUCUGCAAGACCUAUCACCAUGGCGUCAAAGGUGUUCUCGAUGUCCCUCCGCCGCCUCCACCAGCAGCACCGCCUGUACAGUACCAGGCAUUGUCCCUCCAUGGAUUCGUAUACCAAAAACGCCUUCGGUUUGGCUGAAGAAGAUAUUAAUGGAACGAGAUGGCCGAGAAAGGUACUUUGGCGAAGAAUAUGGGGUGACAGCUUUGUAAAGAUGAGGGUUGACAUGCCAGGUCUGAUCUCAGAGGGUCUGAAACUGUGGGUGGAUGAGAAGAGAGAUAUAGCAUUCGAGGGGAAGAUAAACAGCGAGCCCAAAUAUGAGUAUGAGGGAGGCUCCUACCAUGGCGUCAUUCCAGUCGUCUCAACGAUGUCCGGGUUCUGCGAGGUGGAGAAUUUCAAGUUCGAGUUGACUCACGGAGCUCUCUGGGUUAGUCUCCCUCUCAACGAAGACGGCAAGGCCGUCAGAAAGGUUCAACUUGAUUUGAUGAAGAAAGGCCUCGUUAAAUAUUAGUAUUAAUUUCAUUUGGGGGUUUUUAUUUUAGUUCAGCCAUGUCCUUUUGAUUUAGGGUUCAUUGCACAUUAGGUGUUUGUAGAAAUGCUCCUAUCAAGAGUUUUACUAUGUGUUAUGUCAAGUCUCUCUAUUUAAGUCCCAAUCUUUUGAUUUGGGGUUCAUUGCACAUUAGGUGUUUGUAGAAAUGCUCCUGUCGAGUUCCAUUAGUUUGAAGAGUCAGAGAACCCCAACAGAGUCGAUCCAUCAAUUGUUUACACACGUUUGGUGCCAUGUGCUAUGUCAAGUCUCUUUAUUCAAUUAACUCUAAAAAAAAAAAAAAAAAACUUUAGUUAUGAAAAUUUUGUGUCACACAUUUUUGGACACUUGAUUAACAAAAAUUAAUAAAAUAGGAUAAGCAUAGAGUCAUGGUCUGGUCAAAGCAAUGUACACUGGUUGUCAUAUUGUACACUCAAAAGCAGCAGAUUUGAAUAAUUGCUCUGACAGCAGCAAAAAUAAAUAAAUUUCAAAUUUCUUCAAAUUUGAUGUCAAUUUGACUAAUUAUAACAUAAUAUCAAAAUAAAAAAUUUCACAAAAAUGGAUAACCAUUCAAAAAGACAAAAUUGGUAAGCUUUAGAAUUUUGAACUUGAACGUUGUUUCAACCCAGCUUACCUGCAAAAAAAAAACCUUCCCCAAAAAAAAAAAAAAAAAAAUUU